AUGCGUGAGCACCAAGUAGCUCAUCGUGAUCUCAAGUUGGAGAAUAUCCUGCUCGAUCAGGAUAACAACGCGAAAAUCGCCGACUUUGGACUCUCGAACUACUUUGGAACGAAGUCACUGCUCACCACUUUUUGCGGUAGCCCACUCUAUGCGUCUCCGGAAAUCAUUAACGGCACUCCGUAUAAGGGUCCUGAGGUGGACUGUUGGUCACUGGGAAUUCUCUUGUACACGCUAGUUUACGGUUCGAUGCCGUUCGACGGACGAGACUUCAAUCGAAUGGUUCGACAAAUCAAACGCGGUGCAUACUACGAACCGGACACACCAUCCACGGCUUCGAUGCUGAUUCGGAACAUGUUGCGUGUGAACCCAGAACGUCGUGCUGAUAUUUUCGAAAUUGCCAGUCACUGGUGGCUAAAUCUCGAAGAAAAUAUGCCCGUUAUCCAGGAAUUGCCGGAGAAUCAGGUCAAAUUGCAUUGUCUACAAAAAGUAGUUUCCGCUUCCACACAUGAUUUUGUUAAGGAUUUGGCGGAUGAAACAGACGUGUUCAUGGAGUUCAGUCAUCUCAGCAGUGAAACACGAAAGAAGAUUGAAGAAUUCCGUCGACGAAGAAAACAAGCUGAAGAGUUCAAUGAGAACUCACCAGUUAAACCACCUAAGGCUGCUCGUAAGGACGGAGAACCUGCCGUCGAGAUGAAGAGUGAGGAGAAGAGUCUUCGCGGAGUGCAGGAGCAUCCUAAGGAGGAAAAAGAGACGGAUGAUCCAUUGGAACGAUUGCGACAGAUUGAAAACCGACUUGGUCUGCAGAGAAGGAAAAAUUCACUGAACAAUGCUCAACAAACAGUGCGAAAGGUCUUAGAACAAAUGGAAAAGGGUCCUGUUAGUCUAAAUCUGGUCGCCAGAAUAAAAGCACAUCCUAUGUACGACGUCAGACCUAUGGUCAAAGAAUUACUGGAGAGCAUUAUUGCUGCCCAACCAGAAAGCGUUCAAAAGCAAACCAGCAAACUCAUUCAGCAACAAAGUCAGGAAAUAGCUCGGAAAAACGUCCAAAAAGUUAGUGGUGAGAGACCGAACGAAUCGACGGUUACCGCCGCAAAACGCCCGGACAAGUUCUCUCGGUCAGCACUAGGAGAACGGCCAUGGCACAGCGUUGAGGUAAUCUAG